GUCCGGGCAGAUCAAAACAAACCUCGCCAAAGACAGCAGCAGCAGCACCAGUGGUAGCAGCAUCUACAGUAGCAGCAGCCACAGUCACACAGCGGACGGAGGCUCCAGCAAAGCAGCAAGCUACACCCAGGAUACAAAACAGUGUUUCUGCCUAGAAUGGACAUCCACACCGGCCACAUGAGGAGGUCUUCCAGCCCCAUGGAGAGCCUGGAGAAGCAGCUGAGCUGCCCCAUCUGCCUGGACAUGUUCACCAAGCCGGUGGUCAUCCUCCCCUGCCAGCACAACCUCUGCAGGAGCUGCGCCAGUGACCUGUAUGACUCGCGCAACCCCUACCACUUCUCCGGCGGCAUCUUCCGCUGCCCCACCUGCCGCUUCGAGGUGGUCCUGGACCGGCACGGUGUCCACGGGCUCCAGAGGAACCUGCUGGUGGAGAACAUUAUCGACAUCUACAAGCAGCAGCAGGAGGGCGGCAGGGGGAACGAGGCCCCGCUGAAGACCAAGGAGAGCAAGGAGCUCAUGUGCCAGGAGCACGAGGACGAGAAGAUCAACAUCUACUGCACCACCUGCCAGGUGCCCACCUGCUCCCUCUGCAAGGUGUUCGGGGCCCACAAGGACUGCGAGGUGGCGCCCCUGCAGAACGUUUACCAGAGCCAGAAGGCGGAGCUCAGCAACUCCAUCGACCUGCUGAUGGCGGGAAACAGCUGCGUGCAAGCCCUCCUGAGCCAGAUGGAGGACACCUGCAAGACCAUCCAGGACAACAGCCAGAGGCAGAAGCAGACCCUGGGCGAGAAGUUCGACCUGCUCUACGCCAUCCUGGAGGAGAAGAAGGCCCACCUCCUGGACAAGAUCAGCCAGGAGCAGGACGAAAAGAUCCGCGUCCUGCGGUCCCUGGUGCAGCAGCACACCGAGCAGCUGCAGGCCAGCACCAAGCUGAUGGACGACGCCAUGCAAACCAUGGAGAAGAGCGGGGUGGCCGAGUUCCUGCUGUCCGCCAAGCAGCUCAUCGCCCAGACCAAAGACGUGGCCAAGAGCUCCCUCAAGCAGAGGCCAGAGCCAGGGUUCGAAAAGAUGGACCACUUCACCCUGGACACAGAGGAUGUUGAAGCCAUGCUGGCUAAGAUGGACUUUGGACCGGAGUCAGAUGAGGAUUUUGAAGAUGCAGAGGAGGAGGAGGAGGAGGAAGAGGAGGAAGAAGAAGAAGAAGAGGAGGAGGAAUAAACAAGACUGACAGUUUUUGUAAACUAUGAACUUUAGCUUACUGAAUGCGAAGGGACUAGAGAUUAGAUAGAAACAUGUCGAAAGAACUGUGGAGAAGGGCAAAUGAAUGAAUGAGGGAGUUGACAGAUAUUUUUAAUGAUGGGCUUCUGCAGAUAUUCUGUGGAAAUAUGAGUUUUAUGGAAUACAGCUCCAGAAGCUCCUCCAGAGAAGACAGCUGUAGAAGCCCAGAUUUCAUAUCUUAUCCUCACCACAAGUGCAAUUUUAAAUGGUUGUUUUUUACACAUACAAAAUGUAACAUUUUGUAUAUAUUCUACUUUUAUACUUUUGUAUAUUUUCAUGUCAGUUUUAUACUGAAUUAUUUAUUAAUGUCUUUUAGAUUUUGAUGUUUACACUUGAAGCUGUUCACAUAUCAUCUUAGUUCAAGUCUGGAAUAGAAUAUUAAGUAGAGAUCGAUAGUAUUUCUGAGCGAGCCUAGAAUGUCUCCUGUUUGUGUCGAAUUGCUAAAUACUUGAAAUGAUAUGGAAUGCACUUGACUGACAGCCAUAACAAUUUGAAAGUCUUGUUUUAGUUGAAAGUUGAAAUAAAGCAGUUGAAAAACGCA